AAAACAUUUUAAACAUUUCAAUUUCCUGAUUGAACAACUUAGAACCACACCUCAAAAAACCGAGAAUCAGCAUAAGUGUGGUUGGUGCUAAACGUUGGUGUUUGAAAGGGCAUUCAGCGAAUACUUUAGCUACUGGAUAUCGACAUUGUUUGGUUACAUUUAAGAACGGAGAUUAAACCCUGCGGACUUUAAUCUGACUGGAUACCCGAAGAAGGAUCAAGACGCCGGGAGGCUUGAGCGAAUCAGGACCUGACCUUUUGAGGGCGGUGGGUUUGGGGAUUGACCAACUUUGGCUAUCUGAUGCAAGGGAUCUGGAUGCAUCAGGACUAUCCCAAGAGUGAGGGUCACAGAGGCUACCUGUCUUCACCAGCCUGCAGGGCGGCGACAGAGAGCAGGGCGCUGCACCGACAGAACCGGCGGAGCCCAGGAAUGAGCGAGUUCUGGCACAAGAUGGGCUGCUGCGUGGUGGCCAAACCCCCACCGAAGAAGAAGAGGAGGAAGAUUGACUGCAGCAUGAUCGGAGAGCCCACAAACUUUAUGCACCUCACACACAUUGGCUCUGGGGAGAUGGCGGAAGGUUUGCCGCCGUCAGGGUCAGUCCAGGAACAGAUGAGGUCCAAAGGACCCAGCACCAAUGGCAGAAGCAGCCUCUUAUAGCCAACAUAUGGACCAAUCCAAGGACUCGACGUGAGCUCAUUUCCCCCUUCCUCGGACCCAGCCUCAAGCCAACCUUCAUGGACCAACUCUGCAUAUUGCACUUAGGCCCACAAUGACCACCGCAAAUGGCACACAAAAAAAAAGAAAAAAGAUGACUUCAUUUCCCAGAAUCCCUUUCGUCCCCCAUCAUCCAGUUUCAAAUGGAACAUGACUUUUGCCUUGAAGCGGGAAAGUACCCUGGAUUCUCACUCAGCACUGGGGACUGGACGGGAUUGUGUGUGGGCUUUUAGGAGGUAUUUGUUACACUUCAGGCUGCUGGCGGAUACAGAUUUUCCCAUUUGCCUCUGUCUCAAGCAAGGGAUUGUCCGAACAUUUCAUAUUUCACCAACAAGACCGUCUCACGUGUGAUACUACUCUUUCAAUAACGCAAACAAGUUUUCUUUGUUCUUGACACGAAGUGGCGUGCAUUUGUGCCCUUUUAAAAGUGUUGUCUGUAAUGAUUAUAAUGCCUUUAUAAGUAGUAAAUGGUGGAAACUGAGCCCAUAUGUUUCCUAUAGUGCCAUGACAAGCAGGCACUUUUCAUAUGUAUUGCUAAAGUGCAGUGGUCAAAUUGUUAUUUAGGUUUUGGAAGCAAAGUUGCUCAAUUGACAAGCAGGAUGUGGCAUCACCCCUGGCUCUACCCGCUACUUGUCUGGAGCAGUUUGAGAUCCAGUCUUAGCAGCACUGUAGCCUACUUUGCUAAUGUUUUGGCACUUUGCCCGUUUCACGUGGAUGAUUCUUAGAAGUUUUCUAGUCUUUCCCACACACAUUCCAACAUUAGUCACUCAGUCUUCCUUACAAACGCACGCCACGUUUUUCAUAGACAACCCUCUCAUAUAUACUUCUACCUUAAGUGUUAUUGCCAAAGUUAUGCCUUUAUAUAUUAGUUUAUUUUUUACCAUGCCUGCUUUAACACCAGCACAUCUGAACACUGGAUAGCACUGGCAGGAAGCCAGCGGCGGUUAAAGCGUUGGGGCAAGUAACCGAAAGGUCGCUGGUUCAAAUACCCGAGCAGGCGAGGUGAAAAAUGUAUCGAUGUGCCUUGCUCAUAGGCACUGUACGAUGGCUGACCUUGUAAAACACUGCACCUAUCUGGUGUACGUGACACAAAAAAGAAGAAAUUCAUUACCUUCUGUCAUGUCCCAUAGACUCCCUUUUUGGGGUUUUAAACAAGUUUGUAUGUGGUAGUAGUCUUCUUGCGCAAUCCACUUGUAAGCGCUUGAAAGCUGAAUGUAGAUGCCGUAACUAAUCUUAAUCGUUUGCCUUUAUCUAAAAACUAAUCUAGUUGGACUGUUAGUUCAGCAGGUUUAUGACGUCAACAUCUCAAAUGUAUCAUAAACUAUGGCAACUUGGCCUUGGUUCUCCUGUUGCACAGUGUUCCUCUUAGAAUUGGCCCCUGCCUGUCUAAGCUGAGACAUGCUCAUUCACUUUUUAGCUAUUCUGAAAGGUGACUUUAUGGGCUUUCUGUUUCAAUGGCAAUCUACAGUUCAGGUUAGAGGAAACGGCAAAGCCUAUAAUACUACGGUGAGAAAGUGAUGGCUGAUUUUGCUUUCUGUUAUUUUUCAAUUUAUCAAGUUAUUUUGCCUCAUUACUGGUAAAUAGCCCCGCUGUUGUCAUUGUAUUCAAUAUUACAUUUAGAUGCAUGCCUACUACAGUUCAGGUAAACACUUGCCGUAUGAGAGUAAUUUUUAUUGUUUGUUUUACGACUGCCCUCCAUAUUUUUGUCAGCUGUGGAGCUGGGUUUUUAAGUUUUGUUUUAAGAUUUCUCUGACUGAAGAGAUUCCAGGAUGCAAUGUACGUGCUUUCUUUUUCAGUUGCACUGUUUUCCUGGGUCUCCCUCUUUAGUUUGAAUUGCACAUGUGUUCCACAGUCAUCCUAUGUGGACGUUGGUGAACAGAUGUGUGAUAGUAGAGGAAGUAUUUCAACUGCUGCAAAUCUGUGUGUUUUCUCUGCUUCUGGGCUUUUUCCCUCCUGAAAAUACAGUCUAUUUUAUGUA